AUGGCGAGAGGUGGUCGUGGCGGCGGCGGUCGCAAUCCAGCGAAUCAGCCCAGAGAAGUCCAGGUCUCCAAGAAGAUUAGCUGGUUACUGCGGCAUGGGGCUGAGCAGGAAGGACUCAAGCUGGGCAAGGGUGGAUAUGUGAAUUUGCAAGAUGCGCUCAACACCAAGGCCCUCCAAAGCCUCAACAUCACUUUAUCGGAAAUCCGCGACAUGGUCGCAAACAACGACAAACAGCGGUACUCGCUGAUUCCAGCAUCCGCACUGGACAAAGAAGCCUCGUCGGAAUCACCACUGCUGCAAGACAUGGCGGAAUCCGACAAUCCAGCAGACUACCUGAUCCGCGCCAACCAAGGCCACUCAAUCAAAGUCGACAACGAAGGCCUGCUCGUGCCCAUCACCGCCGAAGCAGCAAACGUCCCUGACACGGUUGUUCACGGCACUGACGAACGCGCGUGGAACCUGAUUCUCAAAGGCGGCGGCCUGCGCCGCAUGGGACGCAACCAUAUCCAUUUUGCAGCUGGACUACCCGCUGGAUUCAAGGCGCUCGACGCCAGCUCCGCUGCCGAGACAGAAGCCGCUGCUCCCGUUAUUUCGGGCAUGCGAAAGUCGUCGUCGAUUCUGAUCUAUGUUGAUAUCCAUGCUGCGCUUGCUGCGGGAAUCAAGUUUUUCCUCUCGGAGAACGGUGUUAUUCUGACAGAGGGUGAUGACAAGGGGUGUCUGUCGUAUGAGUUCUUCAAGCGGGUCGAGAGCAGGAAGAAGGAUGGUGGCGUCUUGAUGAGCGAUGGCAAGUUGCCUGAAGGCGUGGCUGUUGAUGUUGAGGGGUGGGAGAGGGAAAUCGGGGAUUCGCAAAAAGGCAGAAGGGGCGGACGGGGCGGUGGAAGAGGAGGUCGUGGUGGUCGUGGUCGUGGUGGUGGCAGGGGAAGAGGCGGGAAGCCAGAAGCAGUGGAUAACUCCAAGGACGUCGCGGCUGAAGCAUGA